AAAGGGUAAAGCCCUAAAUGCUUGUUGCUAAACCCUGUGUUUGAGCUCUGUGUAGCAAUGGCUUCUCAAAUUUCAGAUAAAAAGAGAACAAAGAAAACAAAGAAACGAAGCAGAGUUGAAUCAGAAGAAUUUGAGCGAAUCAACUCACUUAAUUGGAAUCCAACACUUACAGAGAAAGAUGAUGCCUUCUCUUUCCUUAUUGGCUCGAAUGAGCUUGAAGGAGGUUUUUUAUGUCUUGAAGAGAUCGAUGAAUCAGAGUACAAUUUGGGUAUUGCCAAAUCAUCUGGUGGAAGUGAAGAAAAGGGGAAGACAAAACCGAAGAAACAGAAAGUAGAUACAAAAAAUGAGGAAUUGAAUGGUGAAGCUAAGGGUGAGAGCAAAGAGGAGAUUGAAGAGGUGGAAAAGGAAACGAAACAAAAGAAGAAAAAGAAGAUGAAGAAGAAGAAGAAAGAUAAGAUCAAUAAAGAUGCUGUAAAUGAAGCUGAAGGAAAUGAAGAGCCGCCAGCUGUCACUGAUGGAAAUGAUGACCAAGAACAAGAUUCAGUAGAUGAAACUGAAUAUUAUGCAUGGAAUGAACUGAGACUUCAUCCACUGCUCAUGAAAUCGAUAUACGCGCUCAAGUUCAAAGAACCUACACCAAUACAACAAGCGUGCAUUCCUGCAGGUUCUCACCAAGGAAAGGAUGUUGUGGGUGCUGCAGAGACAGGUUCUGGGAAAACACUGGCAUUUGGUCUGCCCAUUCUUCAACGUCUGCUUGAGGAGCGAGAAAAGGCCGAAAGGCAGCUUCCAGAAAAUGGAGAAUUGGAUGAUAAAGUUGCCUCCGCAGGUCUCCUCCGCGCUCUAAUUAUUACUCCUACAAGAGAGCUUGCCCUUCAGGUCACUGAUCAUCUGAAGGAAGCAGCAAAACAUUCAAAUUUUAGGGUUGUCCCUAUUGUUGGUGGAAUGUCAAGUGAAAAACAAGAAAGACUUUUGAAAACAAGGCCUGAAAUUGUUGUCGGAACUCCGGGGAGGCUUUGGGAGCUUAUGUCUGGUGGUGAAACUCAUCUCGUGGAGUUGCACUCACUGUCAUUUUUUGUGCUGGAUGAGGCCGAUCGGAUGAUAGAAAAUGGCCAUUUCCACGAGUUGCAGUCUAUAGUUGACAUGCUUCCUAUGGCUAAUAAAUCGACUGAUGACGAUUCUCAGAAAUCACAAAAUUGUGAAACAGUUUCCAGUGUCCAAAGAAAGAAAAGGCAAACAUUUGUGUUUUCUGCAACCAUUGCUUUGUCUGCCGAUUUCAGGAAGAAGCUAAAGCGUGGAUCACAAAAAUCAAAAGCAAACGAUGAGUUGAAUUCAAUAGAAACUCUGUCUGAGAGAGCAGGAAUGAGGGCAGAUGCGGCAAUCAUUGAUCUGACUAAUGCAUCAAUUCUAGCCAACAAGCUCGAGGAGUCGUUUAUAGACUGCAGGGAUGAAGAUAAAGAUGGGUAUUUGUAUUACAUUUUGAGUGUUCAUGGACAAGGUCGGACAAUUGUCUUCUGUACGUCCAUUGCAGCUUUACGCCAUAUCUCCUCCCUCUUGCGCAUCCUUGGCGUCAAUGUCUGGACACUUCAUGCCCAGAUGCAACAGAGAGCUCGACUUAAGGCAAUUGACCGGUUUCGGGGACAUGAGCAUGGUAUACUCAUUGCUACAGAUGUUGCAGCCAGAGGUUUGGAUAUUCCUGGUGUUCGAACCGUCAUUCACUAUCAGCUACCUCAUUCAGCUGAAGUUUACGUUCAUAGAAGUGGAAGAACUGCUAGGGCUCAUUCUGAUGGAUGUAGCAUUGCUCUAAUCACACCAAAUGAUACCUCAAAGUUUGCUGCUUUAUGCAGGUCGUUUUCAAAGGAUAACUUCCAGCGGUUUCCCUUAGAAAUGUCAUACAUGCCUGAAGUUAUGAAGCGAUUAUCCCUUGCACGUCAAAUAGACAAGAUUUCCCGAAAGGACUCUCAGGACAAGGCCAAGAAAAAUUGGCUUGAGCGAAGUGCUGAAUUAAUGGAACUAGAUUUGGAAGAUAAUGAUAGUGAGGAGGAAAGAGUGAACAAUCAUAAGCGAAAGAAAGCCACAUCUGCUCAACUAACUAAUCUACAAGAGGAACUAAAAAGUCUUCUUUCACGGCCAUUGCAACCCAAAACAUUCUCAAAACGCUACUUGGCUGGGGCUGGUGUUUCACCUCUCCUUCAGAACCAGCUGGAGGAAUUAGCUAGACAGAAAAAUUCAAAUAAUUCCGGAGAUGUUAAAAGGAAGAAAAUGAUCGUCAUUGGUCAGGAUUGUGUCGAGCCCCUCCAGGCACUUAGGAGUGCUGGUCCAGAGACUAAGUUGAAUCUGAAGGAUAUGGCUGAAAAACGGAGAGAUAUAACCGAGUUAAGGAGAAAGAGGAGAGAAACCAAAAAACGUUUGCGCGAACAACGACGAAAACAGAAGAAAAAACUUCAAGGAAAAGAGUGAGUCUUUGUCUAUUCUCUUAGAGGAUUCGAACUCGGGUAUAGAUUCUCUAUGCUCAUGUAAACGACUAUGAUGAAAUUCGAUAACUAUAUAUCACUCAGCCAAUUUUGUAGUUUACAGUUUUAAGUUAAAAAAAGGCCAAAUCAUGUUGUAAAAACUAUAUAUUUAUAUCUGAUAAUUGGUUUUGAAAUCAAAUAUUCAGUGAGAUGUACAAGAGGAAUUUCUUGAAAGUA